UGGACAAACUACUCUAGGCUGGAUAUGAAGCCCAGGGCGUUCUGCCUCAGAGGCUCAUAAACUUAAGGAUAUCGGGACUGGAGAGCAUGCAGUCCCAGCCUCCUCCUCAUCUCUGUCCUCAGGAUUUUACACUUUUUUCUGCAGGAGAAUCAUGCAAGAUCAGAGGAUCACAGAGUUCUUUCCUGCCACCCUAACCGGAUUCUUGCAGUGAAAGGAACCGUAGCGCCCAGUGACUGCAGCGGGUCCUACAGUCCGAGGAAAACGGGAGCAAGAAAAGGCAGGAGCUGUCCAGCGCUGAGAAACACGAAGGGAAGGUGACCAUGGCUAAGGAGUGGGGCUAUGCCAGUCACAAUGGUCCUGAGCACUGGCACGAACUUUAUCCAAAUGCCAAGGGGGACAACCAGUCACCCAUUGAACUGCACACUAAAGACAUCAGGCAUGACCCCUCUCUGCAGCCCUGGUCAGCAUCUUAUGAUCCUGGCUCUGCUAAGACCAUCCUGAACAAUGGGAAGACCUGCAGAGUUGUGUUUGAUGACACUUAUGACAGGUCUAUGCUGAGAGGUGGUCCUCUCCCUGGACCCUACCGACUCCGCCAGUUCCAUCUUCACUGGGGCUCCUCAGAUGACCAUGGCUCUGAGCACACAGUGGACGGAGUGAAGUAUGCUGCUGAGCUUCACCUGGUUCACUGGAAUCCAAAGUAUAACACCUUCGGAGAAGCACUGAAGCAGCCUGAUGGAAUUGCUGUUGUUGGCAUUUUUCUGAAGAUAGGACGGGAGAAAGGCGAGUUCCAAAUUUUCCUUGAUGCCCUGGACAAAAUUAAGACUAAGGGCAAAGAGGCUCCUUUCACGCACUUCGACCCAUCAUGCUUGUUCCCUGCUUGCCGCGACUACUGGACCUACCAUGGCUCCUUUACCACGCCGCCCUGUGAAGAGUGCAUCGUGUGGCUGCUGCUGAAGGAGCCCAUGACCGUGAGCUCAGACCAGAUGGCCAAGCUGCGCAGCCUCUUUGCCAGCGCAGAGAACGAGCCCCCGGUGCCUCUGGUGGGGAAUUGGCGCCCUCCGCAGCCGAUCAAGGGCAGGGUGGUGAAGGCCUCCUUCAAGUGAGGCUCUGGGCUUGCCCUCUUCAGGAAAGGAACCUGCCCCUGAAGAGCCAGCUUGCCUCAUCCUGGUGCUCCCUGCUUUUCUACACCUAUAGGAAAAAGAGACGCAGUCACGUGAAAGCACAGUGCCUUUUGACAGGUUCUAACCCAGACGCAUGCAUUUCACACCUAACCUUUGUAAUAACCACCUUUUCUAUAAACGUAGUGUUCCUAGUAUGGAUUCAGUGAAGAAGAAAUAGAUGGAAAAAACAGAGACACAGAGCAGCGUGUUGUCGAGCAUAUUAAGUUUCUCAGAACCUCAGCAUUCCCGUUUUCCUGCUGAGUGCUGAUACUACGGAAAGGAUGGCUUAUGCUAUGUCUGUGGGUAGGGAGGUGUGUGCCAGUCCCACCACAGUUAAAGCGAAAGCACACGUUAAGAACAUUGUGAACUUCAAAAACUGAAUUGAAAAUGUGUUUUUACCUCGGAUAAUACCAGCAAAACGCCAUCACUCAUUAAAAUUUUUGCCUACUACCAAGUUCUUCUGAUUUUAGUUAUCUGUAAAACAUACACCCACAAGACCAGGUGUUUUAAAAUUUUUGCUCCAGCAUUUAAAUGUCUUCUUCAUAACGAUGAUUUUCUUUGCCCAAAGCAGGGUCAUUUGUUUUUUGUUUUUUUUAUUUCACUACUUUUAUCUUUGCAUGCCUAUUGAAAACAAAAUAAACCAAACAAAAACAAAAACAAAAGAAAACCUUA